AUUAAUUCAUUAUGUUCUGUUGUCCUUUAUAAAAAUUAGGAUUCCUUUUAGUUUAUUAAAUCCACAUAUAAAGGGUUUGACAAAAAUUGCUCAUAAAAGGUAUUAUGGAGAUGGUAGUGAAGUUGCAGAAGCCACAUUCUUAAAGUUAAAGCCAAGAAAUGGAAAGAACCAUCUAGCCCGGUUGUAAUAGUUUACUCUGAAAACUACAGAACCAAAACUCAAUCUGUACCUGCUUCCCUUUGGGUAGCUUCUUAUUUAUCUUCCAGGAUUUGAAGUGUCUUGAUAUCACUAUUGAUCAUAACUAUGGUGAGGAAAGAUAUUUCACUAUCUUUCCCAUAAGAUAUGAAGAACUCAUGGCAACAGAGGCGAUGAAGACGGUUCCAGCUAGUAACAAACUUUUUUAUAGUAUGUUAAAGGCAUCAAAGCUACAAGAGCAGUGACUGAUACCUCAACUACCACAAUUUUUCUUGCUGGAAUUUUUAAUGCUCUUGCAGUAGCUAAUCAGCUGGUGCUACAACCAAUUAUAUCUACAAAGAGUAGAUUUUGCAGCAAAAAGGAAAUUUUAGCACAAAUAUUGCCAGAAGAAAGGAUCUCAACCUUCAACAAUGAGUACACCAGCUGCUCCUAAGCAGCAAGAGGACUACAAACUGAAGGACAUGAAACCCCAGCUGGGGGAACGAUGGCCACAUGGAGGACUACGUGGUGGGGGUGGGUGGAUUAGCAGUGAAAGAGCUACGAGCACUUAUGAUCUAGUCGAACAGAUGUUUUAUCUAUAUGUUCGAGUUGAGAAAGCCAAAGAUCUUCCCACCAAUUCUGUAACCGGAAGCUGUGACCCAUAUGUAGAAGUGAAGCUCGGCAAUUAUAAGGGAAAAACUAAGCACUUCGAGAAGAGAACAAACCCUGAAUGGAAGCAGGUCUUUGCCUUCUCAAAAGAGAGGAUUCAAUCUUCACUUCUUGAAGUUUAUGUCAGAGACAAAGAGGUGGUGACAAGAGAUGACUAUGUAGGGAAGGUGGUCUUCGACAUGCAUGAAGUGCCAACAAGGGUUCCACCAGACAGUCCUUUAGCACCUCAGUGGUAUAGAUUAGAGGACCGGCAUGGGAAUAGCAAGGUGAGAGGAGAGAUUAUGCUUGCUGUUUGGAUGGGAACACAAGCCGAUGAAGCUUUCCCGGAGUCCUGGCACUCAGAUGCUGCUUCAGUUCAGGGAGAAGGCGUUUACAACAUCCGUUCCAAGGUUUAUGUUUCACCAAAACUGUGGUAUCUCAGGGUUAAUGUGAUUGAAGCUCAGGAUGUAGAGCCACUUGACAGAGGCCAACCACCACAAGCUUUUGUGAAGGCUCACGUUGGAAAGCAGGUACUGAAGACAAAGAUAUGCCCAACUCGGACCACUAAUCCACUCUGGAAUGAAGAUCUAAUCUUUGUAACAGCUGAACCUUUUGAAGAGCACCUGACUCUUACAGUUGAGAAUAAAGUAACAUCUGCAAAAGAUGAAGUUAUGGGAAGGAUAGCCUUGCCACUUACCAUUUUUGAGAGGCGCUUGGAUCACAGGCCAGUCCACUCUCGCUGGUUCAACCUUGAAAAAUUUGGGUUUGGUGUCUUGGAGGGAGACAAAAGGCAUGAGCAGAAGUUCUCAAGCAGGGUUCAUCUCCGAGUCUGUCUUGAGGGUGCUUACCAUGUACUAGAUGAAUCAACAAUGUACAUAAGUGAUGUACGGCCAACUGUUAGGCAGCUAUGGAAGAAUCCAGUUGGCAUCCUUGAAGUGGGUAUUUUGAGUGCUCAAGGGAUUCUUCAAAUGAAGACCAAGGACGGUAGGGGAACCACAGAUGCUUAUUGUGUGGCCAAAUAUGGGCAGAAGUGGGUGAGAACCAGAACAAUAAUGGAAAGCUUCAAUCCGAAAUGGAAUGAGCAAUAUACUUGGGAGGUCUAUGAUCCUUGCACUGUGAUCACCUUGGGAGUUUUUGACAACUGCCAUCUGGGUGGAAAUGAGAAACCAGCUGCUGGUGGUGGAUCUCAAAAAGACUCUAGAAUUGGGAAGGUAAGAAUCCGGCUAUCUACACUGGAAAUGGAUCGAAUUUAUACAAAUUCUUACCCUCUUCUAGUUCUACACCCAUCUGGAUUGAAAAAGAUGGGUGAACUCCAAUUAGCAGUUCGAUUCACCUGUCUCUCUUUGGCAAACAUAAUUUAUCUUUACGGACACCCAUUACUGCCAAAAAUGCAUUAUCUACAACCCUUCACUGUAAACCAAUUAGAAAGCUUGAGAUUUGAAGCAAUGAAUAUUGUAGCAUCAAGGCUAGGCCGAGCUGAGCCACCACUAAGGAAGGAGGUUGUUGAGUAUAUGCUGGAUGUGGAUUCCCACAUGUGGAGCAUGAGAAGAAGCAAAGCUAACUUCUAUAGAAUUGUAUCAUUGUUUGCGGGAGCAAUCUCUAUGAGCAGGUGGCUCCGUGAGGUGUGUCAUUGGAAGAACCCAGUUACUUCAGUCCUAGUUCAUGUCCUGUUCUUUAUAUUGAUCUGCUACCCGGAAUUGAUCCUUCCAACUAUAUUCCUAUACAUGUUUCUUAUUGGGAUAUGGAAUUACCGGUUCCGGCCAAGGCAUCCUCCUCACAUGGAUACUAAACUUUCAUGGGCAGAAGCAGUUCAUGCAGAUGAACUAGAUGAAGAGUUCGAUACAUUUCCUACCAGUAAACUACAAGAUGUAGUGCGUAUGAGGUAUGAUAAGCUUAGAAGUGUAGCUGGAAGAAUUCAGACAGUGGUGGGAGACAUUGCAACACAGGGAGAGAGAUUCCAGGCUCUGCUUAGCUGGAGAGACACAAGAGCAACCAGCCUCUUCAUCAUCUUCUGCCUUAUGGCAGCUGUGAUUCUCUAUGUGACACCCUUUAGGAUAAUUGCUUUGCUUGCAGGACUAAUUUGGUUACGACACCCCAGAUUCCGAAGCAAGCUACCCACAGUACCAAGCAAUUUCUUCAGAAGACUCCCAUCUCGCGCUGAUAGCAUGCUCUGAGCUAGAAGCAGAUAACACCAGCAACUUGCCAUUCUAAUCAGAAGUGUUGUUCUAAUGCAAAGCAAAUUUCCAUUUCUUUUCAAUUCUUUUGUUCCAUUGAAUGGACAUUGCUAGUAUUUUCCUUUUGAA